GUUUCUUUCCAUUUAACAUGGCCUAAAUCUAACAUGGUUAUCUUCUACUUGCAGCACCCAAGUUAUUCAUUUUUACAUCUAGUGUUUAUAAAAUACAGCCAUGAUAGCCUUGCUUAUGAUAAUUUACCAAUGGGCGCUAACCAUCUUUGACUUGGUCCAUUUUGUGUUUCUUGUGGGCUGGCUUUACCUUGUUGCCAUUUUCCGACUCUUUGUUCCAAAUCAGAAGAAGUCUCUCUCUGGACAAGUGGCCAUGGUCACAGGAGCAGGCCAUGGCAUCGGCAAAGAACUAGCACUGCAACUGUCCAGGCUUGGGGUUAAAGUUGUGUGCUGUGACAUCAAUGAAGCAUGGAAUCAAAAUACUGUUGAAGCCAUCAAAGCUGAGGCUGGUGUGGCCUGGGGUUACAAAUGUGAUGUCAGCAGUGCUUCCUGCGUCCAUGAUGUGUCAAGCAUGAUCCGCAAAGAAGUUGGGGAUAUCGACAUCCUGAUCAACAAUGCAGGGAUCAUGCCGUGCAAAUCCUUCCUCCAGCACUCAGCUCAGGACGUCGAGAAGCUUUUUGCCAUCAAUGUUAUGUCACAUUUUCAUACGCUGCGUGAGUGGCUGCCGGUAUUCAUGUCCCGCGGUGACGGUCACAUCGUGGCGCUGUCCUCCAUCGCAGGCCUCAUGGGCACCAGCAACCUCGUGCCAUACUGCGCCACCAAGCACGCCAUACGAGGUCUGAUGGAGGGUCUGAAAGAAGAACUUCGCUUUGAUAACCGAUAUCCUGGCAUCAAGUUGACGACUGUGCAUCCGUUUGUUGUUGAGACUGGCCUGGCAAAAAGUUAUAGGAUCAGGUUCCCGUUGUUCAACCCCGUGACUACCCCAGCGGACGCGGCGAGCAUCAUCAUUGAUGGCAUCCAACGGGAGCAUUACGUCGUCAGCAUCCCUAAGAAAGACUUCUACUUCCUCAAGCUCUUCAGUGUGCUGCCUCUCUCGAUUCAACACGCCUUGAGUGACCUCUUGGAAGCUGAAGUUGACGAGGAAACGGAUUCUUGAAGUACUUCGGCGGCAACUAAUUCCCCACCAGACCUUCAAUGAGAAGACUUUCAAUGAGACCACCUUGCCUUCAUACUAGAAUGACGGCCCCUAGUGCCUUCAGACUGAGUGACGCUGCUGUGACGACUUUAAUGCCUUUACUCUCUUCCAUUUGUUGCUGCUUACUAAUAAUAAUUUCUUGCAUUCUAGCUUGUCAAGUGACGUUUUUUUAUGUGCUUGUUUCAUAAUUUAUAGACGUGUGAUAAAAUAACGGAUUUGAAGAUGAUUGUUUGAUAUGAUUUAUGUAAGUUAAACCGUUUAAUAAUAGAAUUUUCAACCUUAGAUCAAUUAGCAAGUACUCAGGAAAAUGUUUGCUUACCCUUCUCAAUGAUUAAACAAUCAAAUCAAAUUUCACUCGCUUGAAAGUUAUUAAGAAAAAGAUGUCACCAAUAUUGUAAAAUGUUUGACUUUUCCAAGCAACUAUUGAAGUCAUAAUAUUAUUCUUAUGCUUCCUCCGUAUCACGAAUUGCAAGCAAUUUCAUCCUUACUUUCUCUCUUUAUUGAAAGUGAAUAGCGCGCCACAAAAAUUACUACAAUUUCCCAUGUAUCUAUAAUAAACAUAAGCUUGUCAAUGUGCUUCCUCAGUACCGGAAUUGCAUUCAAUUCUAAUAGCAUGAAAAAUUGCAUGCAAUUUCAGUCAUGUUGUUUACUACGUAAGAGGCUGUACUAUGUAGCUGUUCCCGAUGCUGAACGCUUACUUAUUUUGUACCGCUUGUACCAAUGUAUCAGCGCAGUGUGCCAUUUCUUGUAGUAAAAUUAAUAUACUGUUCAAAGUUGAGCGGAAAAUCUAAAAUAGUUUCAUUUCUUAUGACCACGGAGUUCUCGGUCCGUGUCGUGAGGUUAGUUCUAUGAAUGUGCAUAGUAAUAUGAAAUAUUAAAUAGUGCCAUGAAAUUAUUUUCGCUGAGUCGUCCUGAACUUGCUGUGCGUAGCUUAGCUGGAUACAUCAUGUGUGGGAACGUUACGCAUAUCGCCGUAUGAGCUUUUGUUGAAUUUUGUAUUUGAAAGUACUCAGAUUUUAAAUAUGGUACUAAGUAUACUUAUUAGAAUAUUCUCAGAUAAACUAAAUUUUGUAAUUGAAUUUACUCAAAUCGUAAUUUUGUCUACUCUUUUAUAGUCAUAAUAUUAAAUGGUUACCUUUCUUGAAA